UCAUUUGAAUCUUUUGGAGAUUUAUUCGAAAAAGGUUAACGUAUAAAUCGGGUUGUACCUUACUAUGUAUUUAGCUGCCAAAGCCCAUAAGCGAUACAAUACAGUCAUAACCUAAAUGCAAACCAGUUGGCAAAUUCUCAUAAGUGUCAGCCCAGUUUUCUUCAGCAAGAUCAUACAUACGUGCAUACAUGAAGAAGCAGUUGCACAGCCGUGGCCAAAAGUACACAUCCUGUGCCUUCCCUCCACCAUUAGCUUCUUGCUUUGUCUUACAACAGGUGUUGACCACAUCCUGGAGCCGCUGUGUUUCCCAGAGCAGUUCCGUGCUCCUUAUUCCGGUCAACCCGGCAAUCCAGAUUCCAGUAACCCCGGAUCGUAUUGUGGCAGCACAGACACCCUUUCGUGUCUCUUCUGCUCAGAGUCGCUUCCGGUCACGCACAGGGAUAUUUUCCUCAAACAUCUUCUGCUGCAGCACAAGUUGGUCAUUGCUGAUGUCCGACUUGUCGCAGACCUCCCAAAGUAUCUGCUGUACUGGAAAGGCCGAUUCCUGGAGCAGCCCGUCACUGAUUUCUGUAGUGAGAUCAAGACCAACUCCACCGGGCCUGUUGAAAAACAAGAGCGUUAUUUCCUGCUGUGCGAUGUCCUUCCGGAAGACCGCGCCCUUCGGGAGAAGCUCCAGCAGAAACGUCUGGAGGAGGUGCUGGAGCAGCAGCAAAAAGAGCGAGAAGACUGCAGCUUCCGUCGCGUGUGCAUGUUCUGCAAUGACGAGUUCACGGGAAACAGGUCCAAGCUUCUGAACCACAUGGCUCACGAGCACGCGUUCAACAUCGGGCUUCCCGACAACAUCGUCUACUGUAACGAGCUUCUGGACACGCUGCAGAGCAAAGUGGACAACCUGCAGUGUUUGUACUGCGAGAAGACAUUCAAGGACAAAAUGACGCUGAAGGAUCACAUGAGGAAAAAAGCACAUCGCCGAAUCAACGCCAGCAAUAGACAAUAUGAUCAAUUCUACAUAAUCAACUACCUGGAGCUGGGAAAGACCUGGGAGGAAGUGCAAAGCGAAGAUGACCGUGAGCUGGUGGAUGACAAAGACGAUGACUGGUCCGAUUGGCGUGCUUGUCCCAUUUCUGCCGUCUGUUUGUUUUGCGAUCAUCAGCAUGACACCAUGGAUGACAUCUACGCCCACAUGAAGGAAGCGCAUGGCUUUGAUCUCCAACAUCUGAAGGCACAUCUCAACUUGAGGUUCUACCAGCAGGUAAAGCUGGUUAACUUCAUCCGGCGUCAGAUCCAUCAAAACCGCUGUUAUUCCUGUCAAGACAAGUUCCGCUGCAGAGAAGAUGUUAUGAGACAUCUGCAGGACGAACGUCACACGAUGGCUCUGCCACCUAUCGCAACCUGGAACCAACCUCAGUACUACUUCCCUACCUACGAGAAUGACGCACUGCUGUGCGCACUGCCCGACAGUGAUGGCGAGGAGAGCGACGGGCGAGCGGGAGAAGACAGCGUCCCUGUCAUUGCCGAGGAUGUGUUGGAUGCCAGGCUCAUCAAGGAGAACAGCGUCCUCAAGAAUCUGCUCCGAAAGACCACUUGAAUCACUUUUCUUCACCUGCACCACCGCAUCUGACUUUUUGGCACUCAUUGAUGACAUCUUCACCAUGUCUCGUCUAUAUUCAUGUUGAAUAAUUUGUUUUGUAUUUGUCAAGUCACUGUGCAUGUUUUUUUUGCAUAAACAAUUUUCCCCAAUUAAUGCAAUCAAAGAUUUUGCACCAUCUGUCAAACACAUAAACGUUAUUUUGAGCCUUUUAUCGUUUGUAAAAAUUUAUUUGAAUCGACUUGGACAUGUCAGUGCCAUGCUUGUUUGAGAAUACAAAGUGGUUGUCAGUUCAUGUAGCCUUAAGCAAAUUAAAGCAUCAACCAAAGCAUUUCUAAUACUUUGAAUGGAAUGUGGCCAUGGGCCAAAGUUGAUGCUUUGCAGUGUUUGUCUUUACUGAAUGAAUAAUGGCGGCAUGAUGGAUACAGUGGGGCAAAUAAGUAUUUAGUCAACUACCAAUUGUGCAAGUUCUCCUACUUGAAAAGAUUAGAGAGGCCUGUAAUUGUCAACAUGGGUUAACCUCAACCAUGAGAGACAGAAUGUGAAAAAAAGAUCCCAUUGUUUGAUUUUUAAAUAAUUUAUUUCCAAAUUAGAAUGGAAAAUAAGUAUUUGGUCACCUACAAACAAGCGAGAUUUCUGGCUGUCAAAGAGGUCUAACUUCUAACGAGGUCUAACGAGGCUUCACUCGUUACCUGUAUUAAUGGCACCUGUUUUAACUCAUUAUCGGUAUAAAAGACACCUGUCCACAACCUCAGCUUGUCACACUCCAAACUCCACUAUGGCCAAGACCAAAGAGCUGUCGAAGGACACCAGAGACUAAAUUGUAGGCCUGCACCAGGCUGGGAAGACUGAAUCUGCAAUAGGUAAAACGCUUGGUGUAAAGAAAUCAACUGUGGGAGCAAUUAUUAGAAAAUGGAAGACAUACAAGACCACUGAUACUCUCCCUUGAUCUGGGGCUCCAUGCAAGAUCUCACUUCGUGGCGUCAAAAUGAUAACAAGAACAGUGAGCAAAAAUCCCAGAACCACACGGGCGGACCUAGUUAAUGACCUACAGAGAGCUUGGACCACAGUACCAAAGGCUACUAUCAAUAACACAAGGCGCCGCCAGGGUCUGAAAUCCUGCACUGACAGAUGUGUCCCCCUGCUGAAGCCAGUACACGUCCAGGCCCGUCUGCGGUUCGCUAGAGAGCAUUUGGAUGAUCCAGAAGAGGACUGGGAGAAUGUGUUAAGGUCAGAUGAAACCAAAAUAGAACUUUUUGGUAGAAACAGAUUCUCGUGUUUGUAGGAGAAAGAAUACUUAAUUGCAUCCAAAGAACACCAUACCCACUGUGAAGCAUGGGGGUGGAAACAUCAUGCUUUGGGGCUGUUUUUCUGCAACGGGACCAUGACGAUUGAUCUGUGUAAAGGAUGAAUGGGGCCAUGUAUCGAGAGAUUUUGAGUGAAAAUCUCCUUCCAUCAGCAAGGGCAUUGAAGAUGAGACGUGGCCGGGUCUUUCAGCAUGACAAUGAUCCCAAACACACAGCCAGGGCAACAAAGGAGUGGCUUCGUAAGAAGCAUUUCAAGGUCCUGGAGUGGCCUAGCCAAUCCAGAUCUCAACCCCAUAGAAAAUCUGUGGAAGGAGUUGAAAGUCCGUGUUGCCCAGCGACAGCCCCAAAACAUCACUGCUCUGGAAGAGAUCUGCAUGGAGGAAUGGGCCAAAAUACCAGCAACAGUGAAAAGCUUGUAAAUAGUUACAGAAAACUUUUGGCCUCUGUUCUUGCCAACGUAGGGUACAUGGUAUAUGGUGUUAUACUUAUAUAGCGCUUUUCCACCUUUCAAGGAACAAAGUAUUGAGAUGAACUUUUGGUAUUGACCAAAUACUUAUUUUCUACCAAGAUUUGCAAAUAAAUUCUUGAAAAAUCAAACAAUGUGAU